UUUUGGAAAUCUUGGGCAUGUUUUCUAUUAAUUAGAAUAUUCUUUAAAUAGUGGUGUAUUAUACGUUAUAGAUGAGAAAAAGGCAAUGUAGCGGUUUUGGCGAGGUUGUAGAGGCCGGGAUGGUAACACUGGCGGCUCCAGGGAAGCUUGGGGAAGAAAAUGGCCGAACUGCCUAUGUGAUGGAGCCAAGCGUCUAGUCCUAGAAGGUUAACAUGGAGGAGCUACUUUCCUUAAAGUGGAACAAUCAUCGUUCCACGUUUCUGCACAUUUUGGGUGUGCUCAGGGACAAGCAAGCGUAUACGGAUGUUACGCUGGCAUGUGAUGGUAAAUUCUACAGUGUGCACAAGUUGGUGCUUUCAACGUGUAGUGAUUACUUCUGUGCCAUGUUUGAUAAAACUGCUUGCAAGAGCCCAGUUAUAGUGCUAAAAGACAUUAAAAGUGAGGACUUGGAAGCCUUGCUUGACUAUAUGUACCUUGGUGAAGUGAAUGUGCGACAAAGUGACUUAGCUUCUUUAAUUAAGGCAGCGGAAAACUUGAGAAUUAAAGGCCUUGCUGUACCUGAUGAUGAACCUCCUAAGAAGGGGGUCAGUUCACUUUCCUCUCGGUCUGAACCUUCCAGAAGAGAUGGAGGGAAUGGAAGCCCACCAUCAAAAAGGAAACGAAGAGAUGAAGGCGAAGAUGGUCGGGAAGAUGUUAGACCGCCUCCUCCACAAAGUGGUUUGCACACUCCGCCACCACCACCACCCAGACCAAAGAGCCCUGGUAGCCAGCGGCUAAGCCCCUCUCCUCUUAGAACAACUCAGGAGUCCCAUGUUACUGAAGAUCGUGAUAACCGUCCCCUCUCUUCACCAGCGGAGUCUCCUGUUGCAUCUCAUGUACCGUCUCAUCAGUCUUCACAGCAGUUGACACAUCAAUCAUCUCAAUCUCUUCCAUCAUCACAGUCUCUACCUGAACAACAGCAACAACAAACUAACCAAUAUAGAGGGGAGGAUACACCCACUUUUGUUAAAGUAGAAAUGGAGGAGGAAGAUACGGGAGAUGUUAAUCAGGACUCUUAUAACAUGAGUGGAGAUGGUUAUAAGGAGGAAGAUAGUGGGGAUCUAGGAGGGGACUUAAGUAAUGAUCUCCCAGAGUUCUUACAACAAGCUGCCUCGGGUGCCCUAGCAGGUACUUCCGCCUCGUACCAUCACGCCUUUGCUGGACCCUCUGGCUUUCAGCCGCAAGCGUAUACUGAUGUCACGCUGGCAUGUGACGGCAAAUUCUACAGUGUGCACAAGUUGGUGCUUUCAACGUGUAGUGAUUACUUCUGUGCCAUGUUUGACAAAACUGCUUGCAAGAGCCCAGUUAUAGUGCUGAAAGAUAUUAAGUGUGAGGACUUAGAAGCCUUGCUAGAUUAUAUGUACCUUGGUGAAGUGAAUGUGCGACAAAGUGACUUAGCCUCUUUAAUUAAGGCCGCAGAAAAUUUGAGAAUUAAAGGCCUUGCAGUACCUGAUGAUGAACCUCCAAAUAAAGGUAUGGGGGGAGCACCUCCACGGACAGAACCUCUUAGAAGAGAUGGAGGAAGUGGUAGUCCUCCAACAAAGAGAAAACGAAGAGAUGAAGGUGAAGAUGGCCGGGAAGAUGUCAGACCGCCUCCACCUCCAUCAGGUGGCUUGCACACACCACCUCCGUGUAGACCAAAGAGCCCUGUUAGUCAGCGGCUAAGUCCUUCUCCCCAUAGAACAUCUCAGGAGUCGCCUGUAGCUGAAGAUCGCACUAGCCGUCCCCUUUCCUCACCAGCAGAACCCCCUCCAGUAUCUCGUGCUUCAUCACAACCCCCUGCUCAGUCUGCAUCUUCCCAACCACCCAUUAAUCAGUACACAGAAGAGACUCCAUCUUUUGUAAAGGUGGAGAUGGAGGAAGAGCGUCCAGAUGAUAUGCAUGGAGACUCUUAUGAUUUAAGUACAGAUGGAUAUAAAGAAGAAGACGAUUCGGGUAGUGGAAUGAACAGUGAUUUACCGGAGUUCCUACAAGCAGCUGCCUCUGGAGCCUUAACCAGUGGUACUGCAUCUUAUCCUCAUCACUCCUUUGCUGGCCCCUCUGGCUAUCAGCCGGGUGACCUGGCUGGCUGGCAGGGUGAUGGCUCAUCUCUAGGGUUUCCAGCACAUCUUAACUUCAGCACCUCAGACAGUUCUAGUCAACAGAAUGCACCCGGGGUUGACAUAGCCAGACAAGAUUCGGCGUACACAGCUCCUCUGGCAGUGGAUAGACGUCGUCAGGAAGCGGGAGGUCAUGCUCCAGAUGGAGGCAGUGCAGGUGGCCUUGGUAUAGGUGUUGCAGGAGAAAAAAAUUCCUUGUCUUUAUCAAGGUUCUGUACUAUAUGUGGGCAUUCAUUUAGUGGCAUAACAUGGAAACAAAAACUUGAGAGACACUUGCUGGUUCAUACAGGGCAGAAACCCUUUCAUUGCCCCUACUGCCCCCACCGCACUAACCGCAAGGAUGCUCUCAAGGCUCAUGUUGCAGCCUUACACAAGGUUCAUCUGAUUGCUUAGUUGUGAUGCUUAUGUGAAAAUGUCCAUAAACAUUAGUGAAUGGUGUACUGUAUUGAUGAUAACCUUACGAACUGUUAGUUCGUAUUCCUUUGAUGAAAAAAAAAGUUAUUGGGAUGUUCUUUCUGUGAUGAAUAAUUUCAUGUUGAAAAAGCGUGGAAAAUUUAACAGGUAUACAUCAGUUUAAACUACAGAAAAUGCCAGUCAAAAGGGUGGUUUGCAAGCUGGAAUUCAGUGUAAAUAACUUCUGUAAAAUAUUGUUCCCAAAGAGGUGAUGUUAGAUAAUACCAUAUUUUUCAUAGGUACUUCUUGAAAUUCUUGCUAACAUACCAUGUUUUAUGCAUGAUUUUUUUCUGCAGUCUGGAACUGUUUAUCAGUGCUGAUUUAUAUUAAAUAUUUUUAUUGUGAAGUUUGUACAACUUAGUCCUUAUUCAGUGUUGAAAAGUAUUUUUGAUAGUUAAUUUUUUAGUGAUUUUUGUUUAUGUAUGACAAGUCCAUUUUGAUUAAUUUUACGUACAUUAUAAAAAAAAUUGGACGGAUUCUUACCUACUUAUUUCAUAGAAGUUCCUAUCUGGGUAACUUUUGUGUUUUAGUAAAACUUCACCAAUACUUUUUCUAAAGUAUCAUACUGGUAAAUAUAUUUCACAUGAAAGUGUAACUACAGAUUUAUUCAGGUAAUGAGGCUGGUAUGAAAAGUCAAAAUUUAUGAAGAGUUUAAAUAUACUAUACAGUAUACGUACUAUAUUAGGCAAAAAGAUGGGGGAAUAAUUAUAAAUUAUUACUGGUAUUUGGAGGUUAGACAUGUUAAUUAUUGAUAUGGCAAUAAACAUCACUGGUAGUGAAGUCGAGACACAUCAUUGAUAGAUAUGGCUUCCAAAUGAAAAUUCACUUAAUUCACAAAGAUGAUUACUGCCAUACAUACACAAGUGCAGUCAUCUAGCAGAAUGACAUCAUGUGAAGCCAAAUAUAUUUCAAGAAAGUAAACCUGGUACAAAAAUGGAAAUAUAACAGUAUGAUUAUCUGGAGUUUGGCAGAUGACUGGUGCUCCCACUUGAGGCAGUAAUAUAUUAUAAUAAUGUUUUUUUUCAUUAAUUACUGUAUUACAACUAAUAAUAAUUACUGAAAAACUAGUGUGCUGCCCUUUGAUGUUGGCUUGUUGAGAGUUGGGUGAUGAAGGGACCUGGAAGCUGCUUGCCUCUGGUGUUGUGCUCCUCAUGGAUGAUGGUUUCUUAAGACUGAUAUAGUCAGAAGAUCUACCAUUCAAGGAUCUCAACAAUGUUGUUAUCACAACUUCAAGGAAAAUGAUAGACAUAGUAACUAGAAGUUUCAAAAUGAGAAGUAAAGACAGUAUUAUUGGUAUUCUUAGUCAGGGAGGCAGACUUGCAGAGCUGAAGAAUGUACUGAGAAUCUCCACUGCCUGUAUAAAUGCAGUCAUUUACCUAAAUUACUUGGAAGUCCUGAAGUUCCUUGAAGUACAGCCUCUCCUAACUUAGUGACAUACUCAUUUACCGACGACUUGGACUUACGACAGGCUCUCUGACCCGCAUGCGUACCUAAAUAAUGUAUAUUAGAGCUGAUCAACUCUUUUCUGUUUAUUACAAUAUACAGUACACUACUGUAUAAACUUUUAAAAAUAUACCAGAAAUGUUAUAAAUGGUGCAAAGGUAGCAUUAAAACAAUAUCAAAGAUGGUUGACAAACUCACUACCAUUAUAGUAUUCUCCUCAUUUAGUGAUGAAUUCGUUUACUGAUGUGGUCUCAGGAAGGGAACUCUAUCAUUAAGUGAGGAGAUGCUGUAAUGUAUAUUCCUUGAAAUGUAAGCAAGAACAAUAUGUCGUAACAGACACCUGGGAAAUUUUUGAGGGAUUGGUCCCAGAUCUGCACACUAAAAGCACCCCCAUAAAGCAAGAGGCUUGGCAAACUGCACAACACUCAUUUGAAAAGCAGGGUUGCCAGUGACUACACUUGACACCUCAGUAAAUCUAAGGAGACAAAUUCUUCAUUCAUAAGGGUGACUGCUAACAGAUCCAUAGCUGUCUUCAAAAGGGACUUUGAUAAGUUACCCAAGUCAACUACAGUUUGUAUACUACACAAAUUAAUAGAUAUUUUGAUUUUGAAGUAAUUUCCUGAUCAGCUGGGCUAUGGUGCAUGUGUUGGGCUCAUACAGCUAGCACCAAUAGUCUGAUUGAUCAAGCCAUCCUCCAGGGAAGGCAUUAAUCCCAGAAGUCAUCUCCAGGGAAACUCCAGGUAAACUUCAAUCAUGAUCGUUUACCAUUGCAACCAGAGUAUCAAAGUUUUAAGAAGAAAUCUACUCUGUUUAUUCAUAUGUUUUGCUGGCAGUAGUUGCACACAUUCUGUCCCAAUUUCUAGCUUGUUAAACGAUUGUUGCCGUUACACAAACCAGGAGAUGCAGUACUUAAGUUUUGUGGUUCAUGUAAUUGGUGGGUAGGGACUCUACUGUAUAUGCAGUCAGUCUCUGUUUAAAUCUUCAUGUAUUGUGAAAUAAAUUUUUUCUGCUUUCCCUUGAAGAGUAUGAUGAUAUGCUGUAUUACCACUGCCUAGCCAGGGUACUCCUAACUACUAUUUUAUACAACAUAUAGUAGAGUAUGUAGAAAGAAUUGCCUUAGAUCUAGCCUUAGAUCUAGAACCACUCUACAUGUGAUGAUCUAGAAUUACUUAACGUGUGCUAAAUGUAAUAAAGAGAAUGGCUGUGUAAAUGCGCCCAGUUGUUACAGUGAUUAUGGGAGAUUGAAGUUUUGUAAUUUUUUUAAAAAAGUAUGUAGAAUGGCAUUUUUGUUUUGACACACGAAUCAGGAGACAAAGGAAGAGAAACCAUAUGAGAAAUAUGCCCUUCCACCUUCCUACAAAUAAAAUUGUUACUCCAAGAUUAUUUUUUUCCAACCCUUGUAUGGUGUGUGUUAAUUUACAAAUUUGUCUGUAUUUUGACUUUUCACAUGCAUCCAAGCCCUCGUUGUAAAUUAUGUUAAGGGAGCAGUGUUGUACAAAUGAGUAUACAGUAGGAAUUUUUUGAUUCACAGUAUUAGAUUACCAUAGUUUUGUAAUUUUUCUGGCCAUAUAUAAUACAAUACUAUAUGACCCAUUGGGAAUAUAAAUAUUGUAUGUAUAAAAUAUUAACUAUGGCUUCAGACAACUUGAAAGGUGUCCGCAAUACAACCAAGCGUGGCUGCUUGUGAUAAUUAAGGUGUUGCUGUUGUCUAUACUAGCAGGCCUUCUGUUUGUGGUAAUAGUGUGUGUUGUUUUCUACAGCAGGGGCUGCUGCUUGUUUUUAACAGGGCCUGCUGUUAUCUACAGCAGGGGCUGUUGCUUGUCAUAACCAGCUCUAAUCUAGAGCACAGACUGUUACUUGUGAUAAGUAGGUGAUAACAGUGCCAGCUGUUUUCUACAGCAGAGUCUUACUUGUGAUAACAGAGCUCUAGCUGUUGUUUCAAGCAAGUGCUCUGACAAGUGGGUCAAUAUUCUCUAAAAAUUGUUUUCCCUUAGUUUCAUUGAACUGCUUGACAAGCAAUUCUUUGAUGCAAAUGCCUGGUGAUUUUCCAACAAUUUCCUCAAUUUUGCAUUUGUUUAUUGACCCUUAAAGCAGAACUUGAUCAUUAUAUUAAUUGUUCUUCAAUUUCAGUGAUCAAGUGUGUGUCCAUCUCUUCAUACUUGUGCUUAUUUACUCUCUCCUAACUUUCAUUGUCUUGACCCAUCUUGUGUUAAUUGAGUGAAGAGUUCCACAAGCUGCCAUUUGAACUAGAAAUCAUUCCUGCAUAUCAGCAACACCAGUUUUUACUUAAAGCAUUUUUUCAUUGCUGGAAAAGUCUCAGAAUGUGUCAGAGGUAUUUCAGAGUAACAUAAGUUUUUACUCAUCAGGGUUACAGAUAACUACUUUUUGUGAAAAAGUAGCAUAAAGUAAAGGGGCAUGUUGUGUAUACAUGAACUGGGAACUGAGAAGUGCUUGAGAGAGUGAGUCAGAGGAGGGGGGGGGGGUUGCUGAGCAUUCAAAUGAUACAGUUUAAUAAUACAGUACUAGGAUGAGAAAUUAUUAAUGAUGAAGCAAUUUUUGUGAAUUGUAGAUGUAUGGAAUUAACCUGUGUGUACACUAGUUAUAUUUUGCUGAGUUGACAUAAAAACCAUAUGUAAAGUUUUCAUUGAAAAGAAUUGCUUAAGUUAAUCAUUACUGAAAAUAUUUUUGUUUAGAAUGGUAGCAUCAUGUAAAUGUAAUUAACUUCAAAGACAGAUGACCAAAUUAUGUCUUGUUUCAAUGGUAUGAGAUGUCUGUAUUAACCAAGAUCAAAGUGUAGCUUUAUAAAGAUUGAGUGUUCAUUGUUGUCAAGGUUUACACUGGAGUGAUAAUGAUUUAUGGAAAUCAUCUGGGAUAUUGUUAGUAAUUUAAAAGAUGGAAAUAGCUGCUAAGAAAAUCAGAGCCUAGGAAGGGUGAACAGAUGUUAGCUGGAACAUUCAGUUUGAAGAGGUAUUUGCUGUACGUAGUGACCAUAAUGAUGUGAAAUACUCGCUGGAGGAAAACAUGGUGUAGCGAAUGUUAGUUGUGAGUAUUUUAACCCCACUGCCACUUCAUAAUGCAACAAGUGAUAUACAGUAAUUAUAUUCAACAGUGGCCCUUUUUUUUCUUUUAUAGAAGAUGGCAGUUUUAAUUUUCGAACUUGUUUAUUAUAAAACUGAUGGUGAAGCAUUUUUGUCCGAGUGCAAGAAGGCAGUGGUAUUCUGCUAAUAAAUCAGAUAUACAAUCAAAGUGAAACAGUUAAUACUGUACACCAUGUGUAAGUCAUUAAAUGUCAACAUUGAU